UCUCCUCCUAAAGCUCUUUUUCUCCUCCUCCUCCCCUUCACUGAAACAUGGUGUGGUCCAAACCAACAGGAGGAGGACAUCUGCGGGGGGGGGAGGGCGGGGAGGAGCGGAAAGGGAGUAACAUUUUGCGCCUGUGGGACUCGCCAACGUGAAAUCUCCUUGGCAGGGCGCCAGGGAGCUGAACCUGCUUGCAUUCGGCUCUGGAAAGAGGAGCUGCCCUCCCCCUGCCACCCUCCCUCUCCCCACCCUCUCGCCACACGCUGCUCUUCUCCCCCGGAUGCCAGAGCGAGCCCAGCCCCCGGGCGCCAAGGAGAAUCCGCGUGCGCUCUCCCUUCCAGCUAAUCGGGCCCGAUGGGCACCCGCGUCAAAUGCACCAUCCGCUGCGCCAGGCCCAAGAAGCUGCCGCGUCUCCUCAAGCCCCUUCUGGUGAAGCUCAUCCGAGAUCUCCUGAGGAGCCCGGGCAGGAGAAGGCCGCUCCACCAUUCCUUGGUGCUGAUCGUGCGGAAGAAGCGAUGCCAGCCCGCCGAGCCUGGAUCCUCGGCCCGGAGCAGGUCAUGAAGCUGGGGGACCCGCGUGUGGCCGAGCUGCUGUUGGAGAGGGGAGCCGAUCCCAACAUGCCCGAUCCCUCCACCGGCUCCUGCCCUGCGCACGACGCGGCCCGGGAAGGCUUCCUGGACACGCUGCGCGUGCUGCGCUCAGGCGGAGCGCGAUUCGACCUGCCCGACCGCGGUGGGCGCCUCCCGGUGGACGUGGCUGAAGAGAAUGGGCACCGCCACGUCACGCGUUAUCUGGCCCGCCCCUGCGGGAGAUCUGGGAAGCCCGGAGAUAAUCCAGCAACGAUCUAAUGCUAUGGCCCCUGUUGCUUAUGCAUAUCCGAGCACUUCUCCCUUGCAUUAUUUUGCAUGGGUCUUCUUUGCCAAAAAAUAAA